UGGGUGGGGGGAGCACGCUGUCCUUCUGUCUGUCCGUCCGUCCGUCCGUCUGCCCGCCCAGUCAUGGCUGCGCCAGCCCUGGCACCACCACCGAUCCUGUUGCUAUCGCUGCUGCUGUCGCUGUCACCGGCUGCUCUUGGCGAGGUAUGCAUGUCUUUUGGCAGCCGAGACCACCCAAUACCAGAAUUCUGCCCUGACUUCUGCUGUGGUUCCUGUUUGAACCAGUACUGCUGUUCUGAUGUGCUGAAGAAAGUCGAGUGGGACAUGUGUGCCGAGCCUGACUACAGAGUUUCCAUCCACCCGGAGGCCCUGGAGCAGCAAGGCUCCGCGCUAAGAUUUCGAUCCAGCUUUGACAGUGACCCCAUGUCAGGGUUCGGAGCAACUGUCGCCAUCGGCCUGACCAUCUUUGUGCUCUCUGUUGUCACCAUCAUCAUCUGCCUCACCUGCUCCUGCUGUUGUCUGUACAAGAUGUGCCGCCGACCGCGUCCUGUUGUGACCACCACCACAUCCACCACUGUGGUGCAUGCCCCUUACCCUCAGCCGCCAAGUGUGCCCCCUAGCUACCCUGGACCAACGUACCAGGGCUACCACCCCAUGCCCCCCCAGCCAGGAAUGCCAGCAGCACCUUACCCGACGCAGUACCCACCACCCUACCCGACCCAGCCGAUGGGCCCCCCGGCCUACCAUGAGACCUUCGCUGGAGGUGCUGCUGCGCCCUAUCCUGCCAGCCAGCCUCCGUACAACCCGGCCUACAUGGAUCCCCCAAAGGCGGUCCCCUGAGUGGGUCCCCACCUCUCUAGAUGCCACUUGAUGUCAUGUGUGAGUGAGUGCUGCCAUGUGUGUGUGGCACGUGUUCUGUUUAGACCAGUGGCUUCCCCUGACACUGACCAGGCAGGGGUGAUGUUCUUGCCAGGCUAGGUCACUUGAAAGUCUGCUUCCAGGAAUCUCAAGCAAAUGCAGAUGAUGCGGGAUGGGGAGGGUCUUUUUUCAGUUUAUCCCAGGGUGACUAGCUGUGGCCUGUGACAUUAAGGUAGCAGAGUUUUUUUUUGUAGGCACUCAUCCUGCUUUGGGGAGUAGCUAACUACUUAUUGAGGCCAUGGCUUGUCCCCAGGGCUUGGGGCAGGUGUCUUGCUGCUUUCUGGAGUCCAUCUGAUCAGCUCCUGAUGUUAAAGCACCUCAGGCAGCGUGUCCCUCUCCCUCACACCUGACAGCUUCUGUCUAGACUGUCCCCUCAUCUUCUCUGGGACUGCCUGGAGGGCCACAUCCACUCACAGCUCAGGCUGCCUGUGGGGGAGCUUUCUGUCCUUGCCGCCCGGCCCCUGCACAGGUGGGCAGGGACAGUCUCUGUCCACCAACGCUCAGGUCUUUUCCCUGCAGUGUUUACUUUUGGCCAAACAUGUUGCCCGUUUUCUGUUUUCAAAUGUAUUGUUGUUGUGAAGUUGAAAUCCCUUACUCCUGGAGAGAACCUUACCCCCGGGAGCGGGGGGG